CCAGGCGGAUACGGAGCUGGAGGCGGUCCUGGUGCAGGAGGAGGCUACGGAGGCGGGCCUGGAACAGGAGACGGAUAUGGCGGUCCCGGAAGCGGUGGUUACGGAGGCCCAGGUGGUGGAGGUUACGGUGGCGGUCCUGGCAGUGGCCGACCUGGAAGUGGCCUAGGAGGCCGAGAUCCCUACGGAACACUAGACUCACGUUCCGGGCAUCCAUAUGGUUCCAAUGGAAAUCUUGUGGCAUCAUCGGUAUUCUCGGAUCCAUCCUAUCGUUUUGACACUAAAACCGGCUAUCUAAUCACAAAUCCACGAGAGCUAAUCCAUCAGUAUGCCACCACUACGCCAGUAGCUGUGAUGGAAGCAGCUGACAAUACGCCUUCAACAACUACAAUCACAAAACAAAGUCUAUAUAGAAAAACAGAGGAAACAACUGAAGAGCGAUUUUCACCAUAUGCGCCAUACAAAGCCGCAUCAAAUGUCCCAUCACCGAACAAAUUCGUACGACAGCUUCGAGAUGAUACGAUGACACAUACGCAACGUGAAGCAAAUACUCAUAUGGAUCCGUUGAUUCAACGUGAUGCUCAUGCUGACCACCAAAGGAUUAACGAAGUCCGCACAAAAAGUAACAUUAUCAGGGGGCACGACGACAUUGACAGUCUAACACAACAACUCGUACAUGGAUUACAAACAUCAUCGCGAUUCUAA